AUGGCCUCCUUCCCUGCGGAGCCCGCGGAGGCGGCCGGCCGAGGCCCGCCGGCGGGAGAGGAGGGCCAGGCGGCGUCGGCGGCGUCGGGGGGCGAGCGGCGCAAACUUGUGCAAACUUCGGCGGCCGCCCCUUCGCCCGAGGCUCCUCCCGGCGGCGGCGGCGCGGAGGCGAGCGGGUCGGCGCCGUGCUUUGCCUCCUCCUCCUCCUCGCCGGUGCCGCCGUCGGGGGGUCCCCCGCGCUUCUCUGCGGAGCAGGUGUCGUGCGUGUGCGAGGCGCUGGUGCAGGCGGGCGACCCGGGCCGGCUGGGGCGCUUCGUGGGCUCGCUGCCGGCCGCGGAGGCGCGGCGGCUGGAGGCGGCGUCGUCGGGGGCGGCGGGCGAGAGCCUGGCCAAGGCGCGGGCGCUGCUGGCCUUCGAGCGGGGCGACUUCGCGGAGCUGUACCGGCUGGUGGGCGGGCGGCCCUUCGGCGCGCCCCACCACCCCUUCCUGCAGGACCUCUACCUGCGCGCGCGCUACCGCGAGGCCGAGGCGGCGCGCGGCCGGGCGCUGGGCGCCGUCGACAAGUACCGCCUGCGCAAGAAGUUCCCGCUGCCGCGCACCAUCUGGGACGGCGAGGAGACCGUGUACUGCUUCAAGCGCCGCUCCCGCGCCGCCCUGCGCGACUCCUACGGCCGCAGCCGCUACCCCACCCCCGAGCAGAAGCGCCGCCUGGCCCGCGACACCGGCCUCUCCCUCACCCAGGUCAGCAACUGGUUCAAGAACCGCCGCCAGCGGGACCGCGGCGGCGCCCGCGCCGGACCCCGCGCCCCCGGCAAGAGUGAAUCUGACGGGAAUCCCAGCACAGAGGAUGAGUCCAGCCAUGGCCCCGAAGAAACCGAAGCGGCAACGGGGGUUCCAGCCACAGCUGAAGGGAUUCCUGCCUCCGGCAGCCUUUUUUUGCCCGCUGCUUGCUCCAGUGGAUCCUCCAUCCUUCUGAACGGCAGCUUCAUCACAACCAGCUCCCCGACCAUGCUCCUCAAUGGAGGAUCCGUUAUCCAGACCCCCAGUGGAGGCGUGAUCCUGAAUGGGUUGGCUCUAGGGGAGAACCAGACCAUUACUCUUAGCCCUGUGGCAGCACCAAGUCCUCCUGUCCUCCUGAAUGAUUCCACUACCCUGUUGGGUGGAAAAACCCCAGCAGUCAACAGCCAGGAGGUCUCCAAGGCUCAUCCGGAGUCCUUUCCCCCGGCUGCCGUCAUCCUCAGCCCCACGGCUCUUCCAGGGGAGGUGAAGUCCAAAGCCGCUGAGGCUCUGGCCUUUGGUGUGGAAGUGAAGUCCGAGGAUGGGCCAGUGGCCGCCCCACCUCUUCUGUCCCUACCGGAUGCCUCGACGCUCCUGUCCGAUCACAAGGGCACCUUGCUGACGGCCAUUCCCGUGUCUCAAGUCGUCCCUUCCAAUGAAGAGGCCCCCACAGCCACUCAGCUGCCCCCAGCUGCUGCGCUGGCAUCUGCACCCAGCCCCCAGAUUGUCCCUCUUGCUAAACUUGUCCCUGGCGCUCAAGCGCUGUCCAGCCCACAGGUGACCUUGGCAACGGUCGGUGGGCAGGUCGCUUUGCCGAUGCCUCCUCCGGUGACCACGGCUGCGCCCCUCCUUUCCAUUCCGGGCUCCUCUCCUGCCCAGGCCACAGUCCUCCACGUUCCUGCCCCGUCUCUGCUCCCCCUCGCUCAAGUUUCACCCCCCUCCCAGGUCGUGCCUUUGUCUCAGCCCGUUUCAGGCCCCCAGGUGCUUUCUCCAUCUCAAAUGGUGCCCGUGUCCCCCACGCAGACUUACACGGUGCCCCAGGGGCCCUCCGGCCCUCAGUUCGUCUCCCUCCCCCAGGUCACCCAGGGAUCCCAGAUUAUUUCUCUGCCCCAAGUGGUGCCCACCUCGCAAGUCAUGACACUACAGCAGGGUGUGAGCAGCCCCAUCCAGAUCCUGACAAGUGCUUCCCCCAUCAAAGUGGGACCCGUGGCAGGGACCCCGCAGGCUGCGACGUCCGGCGGAAGCCUCGGCCACAGCAACUUCCACCUCAUCAACACCAACGUAAGCAUGACGGCACUUCAGCUUCCGGGCACCGCACCAGGGAAUAUCCUCUUGACUAACCCAGCGACCGGAAGCGGCACCAUUGUUACAGGCAUGGCUCUGCAGCAGGGCAAGCUCAUCCUGACGGCCACCUUCCCCGCGAGCAUGCUGAUGGCACCUAUCCUGUCAGGUCCGGCAGCACCAGCCUUGGCCCUGCCCGUGAAGCAGGAAGUGCCCACGACCCCGCCGGGCGCUUUGGAAGACAACGAAGCCAGCCACGUGCUGCUUCCCGGGAUCAGUCCUGUCCCCGCUCUUUCAGCCUCAGAUAGCCCCGGGUCACCGGACUUGGCGUUUGGCACAGACUCCGGCCAGAGCCACCUCCUUUCAAGCUUCUCCCAGCCCGAGAGCCUGGCGGCGAUGUCCCAGCAGCAGGUGGUCUGGUCCAGCCCGGUCACCAUGGGCCUCCAAGGGCCCAGCUCCGUGGGGCUGUUUGAGAUGGACAAGGGUCCCAUGGAGGAGCAGAGCAGCCUGCUUCGGCUCCCCGAGGGGGAAGCCCUCUUGCUGGACGCCUCCGGCGGCGACCCCAUGGAUCACGAAGCGCUUGACUCUGACGAGAAGGUGCUGACCCAGCUACAGUCGGUUCCGGUGGAAGAGCCCCUGGACUUGUAAAAACGAGCAGGCUCGGGCAAA